AUGGACCCUGGAUCCCUUGAAUCCUAUAUAUCGCAGGAGUAUGUGCCAUCCGAUGUCAUCAGUUCUUGUCGUGCACUGAUUGACCAUUGUUGGGUCAGUAUUCUGCAGACAUAUCUAUACUACUCGGCAGCAAGUAAGCCUUCUUUACUGGCUGUAUCUCGAUAUCGACUCGUUCUAACGUCGCAGUCAAAGCGAUUGCAGCCUAUGAUUAUUGUAUGACUUUCAGCAGUGAAAUCGAAUACGUCUGGAAGAAGAAGCAAUCAUAUACAACUAUCCUCUUCCAUUUGUAUCGCUACAGUGUUGUACUAUCCCUGGGACCUAUCGUGCUGAUUUUGAAGCCACCUUUGUAUUGGGAGAACUCACACUCACAUAGAUGCAGUAUGGCAAUGUGGCUCGUUGCAGCCAUGAACACUGUCUUCAUGGUGAGCGCAAAUGUGUUUUCGGCAUUGAGAAUAUAUGCUAUCUGCGAACACAAGAAAAGGAUCUUCAUUGGAUUGCUAUUACUGGGUCUCAUAACUCCAGCAAUCACAAUGUGGCUAUUGUCAACAUCUUCGUCGCGCCUGCCAGCGACAGUGAUCUACGAUGGUGUUUCGCAGACUCAAACUCUCACUUCCAGAGUUGGAUGAUGGGUGCUCGAGCAUCUGCCAUUAUCUUCGACGGCAUCGUCCUCGUACUGACCUGGAAGAAGACGAAUCACCCUAAAUUCAGGCUCCUCGACCCCGAGUACACAGCCGAUAGUUCUGGGUUGUCGGAAAUCCUUCUACGAGACACAUUUCGUUACUUCAGCAUUCUCUUCGCAGUGAAUGUCAUCGGCCUAGGAAUCGGUCGCAUACACAAUCUAUACGAAACCAUUGAAGUGUGGGUGCCAGUUUUGACGGAGGUCGUCCUUUCACGUCUGCUGUUAAAUCUGCGUGAAGUCUCAGAGGUCUACGUGGACGAAUCAGAAUCCGGCCGUGGUUCGCCUUUGACAUCCAGCUCUGUCUUGUUCGCGAGUGCGACACAUGAUGCUAGUCAUGCCUCGGAGGAGGAGUCCCGUCAUGAUGUGCUCUGAAGCGUGACAUUCUCAAGUUAUCUCGGCUCCUGGCAUACUGUACUACGUGCCGAAACAAACAAUUGAUGAUUCCACCAAA